AUGGCCGCCGACGACAGCAACAAGGCCCAGACCAAGUGCGUCACUCCAGAUAUCAACAAGGAGUACGGCCACCCCGAUGGCAACGCUGGCAGUGAUGUACAAGUCAAGGACAACGGUCAGGCGGGUAACGAUGGCGGCGGCGACGGCGACAGCGAGCAAUCCGAUGAUGUCGACAUGGACAGCCACAAUACCGACUCACACAACGCGUACAUCAAGAAGUACAAGGAGCUCAAGAGUCAGCUGCGAAUGCAUUUCAGCAACAACAACACGGCGCAAUUUGAUCGCAUCCAGCAGGAAUUCCGCGAACAUGGCUUGCUUGCUGAAUUGGAGGCCGAACUGCUUCAUCUGAACAUUGCAGCAGCACUAGUCGCUCUCAGCCGCAGCGGUACUUAUUAUCGAUGCGUUCCUCGCCGCCGCACUGCCCAGGUUCUACAUCAGCCGUCUGCCCAAUCGUUCUACGCACACUUGGUCCGUUCGAACAACGCUGCCGGCGGCCCAUCUACUUCUGGACCGGCCAGUACAGCUGCGACAAAUCGAGCGGCUCAUUCGGCCCAACACGGUGCGAUCGCGUCAUCAGUCGCCGUACUACCUCCGGUUCCUGUUCUCUCAGUCUCUGUUCUUGCGGUUCCACAAGUCUCAUCGUCAUCGAAUCUCAACCCUCCUCCCCGUCACUCCGCUGGAUAUAUCUGA